CACAAAACCCUAACCAGCGAGACGAACGGGGCCACAGUCCCCUCCUCGGGAUUCUCCGACAGAUGCCCCCAAUCGCCCCCGAAUCCUCCGACGAUAGACGACCCCCCAAUCCCCGCGCCGUCCCCGGCUCGUCCCGACAGAUCUCCGAUCCUUGUUUCCUCAAUGCGAAGUGCUGUCCGGGCUCCCGAUUCGGCUUGCUGAUGCCACCGGAACUGUCUUCCGCCACUUCCCCAUGAAGGGCAGAGAUUCCCAGCAAAAACCCAUCUCGGAAUCCGAUCGAACUACAGUGAAGUUCCGAUUUUUAAUCGAAAGGGGCAGUAGCAGCGCUGGAGCUGUUGGGGGCGGAGCUGGAGCUGGAGCUGGAGCUGGAGCUGGAGCUGGGGUGAUGGCAAUGGGCUGGUGAUGACCCUCCUAUCCCUCGUCGCUCGCCGUCCUAGGGUUCGAGCCGCCGGUGUCGCCGCAAGCUGCUUCCACGCUCAAGCUCAGGGAGGAUCUCGCGGAGAGGUAAUCGAUGGACCCGAGGCUUGGUUCGUCAAAGUCGCGUGCUCCGUGUUCGUGUAUUCGCGCGGCGUGGAUGCUUGCUUGGGUUACUUGCGGCGGCACUUGACGCCCUCGAUCGCGUUCGAGGUCACUCGGCGGCUGGGGGAUCCGAAGUUGGUGUUCGGGUUCUUUGAGUUCAGUAGGGUCAACGUGGGCGUUGUUCAUUGGCCGGUGACUUAUGAUAUGCUCAUGAGAAUGUUGAGUCGAGCUGGUCUUCAUGAUUCGGCAAUGGCUGUUUUUGAUUGCAUGAGGAGUGAUGGGCAUUCAAUCGAUAGUGCAAGUUACGGGUUUUUGUUAUUGUCAUUCGUGGAAGCAGGUAAAAUCGAUAGUGUGAAGCAUAUAAUUGGGAAAGUUCAUGGCAGUGAGAUACAGAUGAGUUCCCACAUCUGUAAUACAAUAUUAAACUUGUUGGUCAAUAGGGAUCAGGUGCACCAGGCAAUUUCCUUGUUUAAGGAGCAUUUGCUAUUGCACGCCAGUCCUGAUACUUGGACUUUGAAUAUUUUAAUCAGAGGUUUAUGCAGAGUAAGAGAAAUCGAUAAGGCGUUUCAACUUUUCAAUGAUAUGGGGAGUUUUGGUUGUUCUCCAGAUAUUGUUACUUUUAACACACUUAUAAAUGGAUUAUGUAGGGUCAAGGAGAUAGAUAGGGGGCACCAUUUAUUGAAGGAAGUCCAAUCAAGGUGUGACGUCUCACCGGAUGUUGUGACAUACACGUCAGUUAUAUCUGGUUGUUGCAAGUUGGGUAGAAUGGAGGAAGCAUCCCUUCUGUUUGAAGAGAUGAACAGUUCUGGCAUUAGACCUAGUACGGUUACUUUUAAUGUCCUAAUCAAUGGCUUUGGUAAGGCUGGAAACAUGAGCUCUGCCCUUUCCAUGUAUGACAAGAUGCUCUCUGUUGGUUGCUACCCUGAUGUUGUUACCUUUACUUCCUUAAUUGAUGGGCAUUGUCGAGUGGGGCAGGUGAAUGAGGGCUUGAAGCUUUGGCGGCUGAUGUCUGCUAGGAACAUAUCACCCAAUGCUUAUACCUUUUCAGUACUUAUCAACACAUUAUGUAAGGAUAAUAGGUUGCACGAUGCUCGUGAAUGUUUAAGACAGUUGAGGUGGACGGAUAUUGUCCCUAAACCAUUUAUUUACAAUCCAGUAAUGGAUGGGUUCUGCAAAGCGGGUAACGUAGAUGAGGCAAACAUAAUAUUGGCGGAGAUGGAGGAGAAGGGAUGCAGACCUGAUAAAUUGACAUUUACAAUUCUCAUCAUUGGGCAUUGUAUGAAGGGGAGAAUGAUGGAAGCAAUGAGAAUUUACAAUAAGAUGCUGUCGGUUGGUUGUGCUCCUGACAGCAUCACAGUCAAUUCUUUUGUCUCUUGCCUUUUAAAGGCUGGGAUGGCUAAUGAAGCCUUUCACAUAAGGCAAACUGCCUUGGAGGGCCUGAAUUUGGGUCUAUCCUCUUUAAAUAGGGCUGUUCCUGCUACAAUGAAUGCAGACAUUCUUGUGGCUGUUUGAUGGAAGGUUGCCAUGUGCUGGGCUUCAAUAUUUUGCGGCUCGAGUGAUUGAGUGAUGUCCUUCCACCGUCAUACAUCCUCGCAGUUGUAUAGCUUCUUGCACGAAUCAGUUAUGAAGCUGCUGGGAGGUAGCUCAAUCUGUCCUGGGGCAUGGAAAGUGGUUUGAUGUUGUGAAGGGCUUAUGCACAUCCAGUACAGCAACAUCAGGACUCGGGAGGUAAUACCUGGCAUCACAGCUCAAUUAUGCAGAGAGCUGGAGACAGUUGUUUCGUGUAUAGUAGAGAGAUUUUGAUAGCUAUCUUGAUGUCCCCAUGGAUCAGAAGUCCAAAAUGGAGACUUCUAGCAUCCAAGUCGAAAGUCUCUGGCUUAUGCAUCACUAAAGAGUGAGAUGAUCAGUAAUGAACAAUGCCCUCAGGAAAAAUGAAACGCAGCUGCUAUUGCAAGGCCUUAAUGGGUCAUUAGCUUUCCAGAUCCUUCAAUCCUCUGCUCAUUUUAAAUGUGAAUAUCCGCUGUUUUUGAUCAUGCAAAAUAAUUUGUCGGCCUCCCAUUAAUAUGCAAAGGAGGAGAAAUUUUAGCAA